AUGAUCGAGAGUGAUGCCUAUCGAGUCGCUGUUGAUCCUGGCAUGUGGAACUACUGGGGAAAAGCAGAUUUCUACCAUGUUGAGUGCUUUGAAAAGCUGGCAGAUCUCACCAAGGAGAAGUAUUUGGAUCGGCUAAAGCCCCUUUCAAGAAAUAACUUUGCACAAAGGAACGCAAACAAGUCCACCAUGAUGAGUGGGUUUUACUUGCUUGAUGCGGGGGCCGAACGGCUUAUCCUGCAAUGGAUCUUCGUGAUGCGAAAGCUCAUUGCUAAACGAGAUGGCACGGACGGUCCAAAGUCUAUGGUUCCCAUACUUCAUGACCUAUGGUAUAAAUCUGGCUCGGCUAAGUUCACUAAUGCCGAAAGGCCGGAGGGCAUGUCGCAAUAUGAGUUCAGGGAACUCCAGACCACCUUGGCUCCGGUUGAGAGCGAUGGACCCGAGGAUGACAAUGAGUGGAAUCUCUUUGACAGAUUUAUGAAAAUCCAAGAGAACGGCGAUAAAUGCGAGGAGGGAAAGACUACCCUUGGAACAAUGCUCAGAUCUUGGAGAGUGUGCUGGAAGGUGAUCAACGCCGACGAAGAGGCGCUAAAGGAAGCCGGCAAGAAAUGUAAGGAAGAAUUGGGCGAGAAAUAUAUCCGGGCGGUUAAAAGGCUGUCAGAAAUACCAAUGCCAGAUCUGGAUUCAAUAUCAUUUACUGAUUAG